AUGCAUCAUAUAUCAAAUUCAUUACUUCUUAGUUCUGAGUGUAUAUUGCAAAAAGAAGAUCAAGCAGAAACAAAGCAAUUAUAUCUUGAUUUAAUUUAUGGUACUUCUGAAGGAGAUAAUAAUAGUACUAAUACUAAUAGUUCUAGUUAA